GUUUGAAAAUUUUAACGCUGUGUUGAGAAGAGUGUUUUAAGAUGACAACAAAGCAAGUUAAUGCUGCUUCUUUUAAUACAUCUGCUGGCUUUAAUGAUGAACGGGUUUUACAUCACUGUGAGUGUGUACAGCUUCGCGCUGAGUUGGUUGCUCUUAAAAACAUUGUUUUAAACUUGGAGAAGGAUUUUAAAGACUCUGUUGGAAGUAAUCUUAACCGUGAAGUGUGUUUUAGAGAGGGUGUGGAUUUUAAAUUUGAAAAAGUGGAGGAAUCUAUCAAGGAUGCCGUGGCGACACUAGAGAGAGAGGUCAUUGACUGUUUUAAGAGGAGAGACAAGAAAUGGGCGAAACAGCUGAAGCAGACAAAGGCUCCAGAAGCCACUAUCUCUCCUGCCACUGCGACGACCAGCCCAGUGCCGCCCACGUCAACCCCUGGCUUUCCUCCAGACAACCAUCCCUGCACAUCUACCACUUCAUGGACAACCAACAGAGCGACCGAUGGAGAAUUCUGCGCCACCACUCCAGCUGGGCCAGAAUUCAACCACAGCUUCUCCAUCCUCCCCUUCUCCAGAGAGCAACUCGGCAGCGCGCAGGGUGAUGACGGCACUCUCCAGGGACUUUCCAUCUCUCUCUCCACUCCAGCGACCAACAGGAUCGAAGUGCAGGAGCACCAGGGCUUGCUUUACCGGCGGAUCCAGAAGGGGGACGACGUCUACAAGAUCCAGCUCGACGUUCCUAAGAACCUGGUCCAGCAGACGGUCCAGCACUUCCACCAGAGGACAGCAGAGAAACACCAUGGGCGUCUAAAGACCCUUCUGCAGAUCCUGGAAGUUGCCUGGUGGCCCUCAGUCCGCAGUGAUAUCUGGGCAUUUGUCCGGGACUGCAAGCCGUGUGGUGAGGAGGCCAAGGAGUGUGUUGUCAUCAACCCUACCAAGAAACCACCUCAUCAUCCACCUCAUCAUCCCCGUUCAUCAGCAUCAACAUCAUCCAUCAAAAAGACCCCAAGCCGGUUUGGAGGAAAUGCCAGGGGGGCAGGCCGACCAGCGUGGCUGGGUGCAAGUCAUCCUGGGAGGAUCGGUGCCACCUACCUUAGGACACCUAGGCUGGUAUGGGACUCAACCUCUCUCUAG